AAUUAUUCUGGGCCUGUACUUGGGUUCGAGACCCGACAUAAAUACAGACGAUCUGAUGUGAAUGACGAUGGUAAAAAAAAAAAAAAAAAAAAAUAGAAAAUUGAAUGAAGAGUCGAACUAAAUCUUAGCUUUGAGGAGAGAUGUGGGCGCACAGAGAUCCUUUAUAUUCCCAGAGAUGGUCCGUGAAAUAAAGGCAAAAAAAAGAUCAGACAGAAGCACAAAUUAAAAAAAAAGAAAAGAAAAAAAAAUCUAUUUCAAUUAUUCAAAACUUCCAGUAAGCGAGCACAUGAUUCACAGCUGUUGUAACGUCUAAUAAACUCUGAUAUUUGUAACUCCAAUCCGUUCCUUAUUUAUCUCCCUCCCCUUCCUGCCGGUGUGUCAGACCCAGAGACCUCCUCAUUUGGACCCCCGGUUUUUUGCGUUGGCGAAUCACAAAGUGUUGGCAUCUAUUGCCUUUGUCUGACAAGUCAUCCAUAUAAGCAAAAGGGGGGUCCGCGGAGGGGAGGAGAGGGGGGAGGAGGGAAGGGUUGCAGCUUUUAGAACCACAGACACAGAGAGAGGCUUCAUUCCCAGCCCAAAGAUCCAGCCCUACGCAUCCAGCGCGAAAGAGAAACCUCCGAAGUGUGUGUGUGUGCGUGUGUGUGUAUGCGCGCACGUUUCUCCGCCGUUUUGACGCGUGAAUCAAGGCCACCAGGACUGAGGAGAUAACCGGGCCCUGCACGCUGGAACCUGAACGCUUCAUUUCUGUACGAGAGACGCGGUUUGCUUCGCUGGCGUGCUGUGAGAAUUACCUCUGGUCCCCGCAGGCUCCGAAAAAUACCGACAAACUGAGCACAGGUCGCGCUGCUGAAACAAUCCUUCGGUCAUGCUGCGCACCUGCCAGACCUCCGCUACCGGACCGGACUGCUAAAGAAAAGAGGGGCAACUUUGGGGGAAGAAGUUGCCAUCCGAUCGGUCGUUGAGCCGAGGGGUGGAGGGGCAAACUAAGUCCCUCCAUCGAGUCGAAUCAGAUUUUUUUCUCCACAUUUUCAUCCUUAAUAGGAAGGCGAAACGGCGACUUCAGUUGAUUAUCUGUCUUUCCUUUGCUAUCCAAUGGAUAUUCACUGCAAAGCAGACCCCUUCACAGCGAUGCACCGGCACGGAGGUGUGAACCAGCUCGGCGGGGUGUUUGUGAACGGCAGACCCCUCCCGGACGUGGUGAGGCAGCGGAUAGUGGAGCUGGCCCACCAGGGCGUCCGGCCGUGCGACAUCUCCAGACAGCUGCGGGUCAGCCACGGCUGCGUCAGUAAGAUCCUUGGCAGAUACUACGAGACUGGCAGCAUCAAACCAGGGGUGAUUGGCGGGUCUAAACCCAAAGUGGCCACGCCAAAGGUGGUGGAAAAAAUCGCAGACUACAAGAGACAAAACCCGACCAUGUUUGCCUGGGAGAUCAGAGACAGACUGCUGGCAGAGGGCGUCUGCGACAACGACACUGUACCCAGCGUCUCAUCAAUAAACAGGAUCAUCCGAACAAAAGUCCAGCAGCCUUUCCAUCCGUCUCCUGACGGGUCAUCUCUGUCCACGCCAGGCCACACAAUUGUACCAAACACAGCCUCUCCACCUGUAACCAGCGCCUCCAACGACCCUGCGGGAUCCUACUCCAUCAACGGGAUUCUGGGUAUUCCACGCUCCAACGGCGAAAAGAGGAAAAGAGACGAAGAUGGUUCAGAUGGUUCUGGCCCAAACAGUGAUUCUCAGGGUAGUGUGGAGAGUUUACGGAAACACCUGAGGGCAGAUGCCUUUACCCAGCAGCAGCUGGAAGCGCUGGACCGGGUCUUUGAACGCCCCUCGUACCCUGACGUCUUCCCUACGUCGGAGCAUAUCAAACCCGAACAGGCUAAUGAGUACUCGCUCCCUGCCCUGAAUUCCAGCCUGGACGAAGUCAAGCCCAGUUUAUCCUCUAGCGCCAACCCAGACCUGGGCCCCAGCGUGUCGCAAAGCUACCCUGUAGGUCGGGACAUGGCCAACACAACCCUACCUGGGUACCCCCCCCACGUUCCCCCGACAGGCCAGGGCAGCUACCCAACAUCCACGCUCGCUGGAAUGGUUCCUGGGAGUGAGUUUUCGGGGAACCCCUACAGUCAUCCGCAGUACACAACCUACAACGAAGCCUGGCGAUUCAGCAACCCAGCGUUACUAAUGCCGCAUCGAGAGGCUCCGGCCCUCCCACUGCUGCCACUGCCUAUGACCGUCACUAGUUACCAUGGAAACCAAAUCAACCUGCAGGACCACGGCCUCAGCCUCCAUAUUGCCCCGGUGUGAGCGGCACGGUCCACUGGACACUGAGCAUCAUAAAAAAAAAAUUAAAAUUAAGAAAAAAAAGGAAAAAAAAAACAAAACGUCUCACACAAUAGGAACUUCUUUUUUUGGGGAGGGGGGAGAAGGGGGAGGAUCCGAGGACGACCCUCUUUUUUUUUUUUUUUUUUUUGGACACUCAAAGCCAAAAGGAAGAUAAAAUCUCCACCAAGACAUCAUCACGGACACUGAAAGACGCUUCAUCAUGAUGAAACUUGUGGCUAAUUGCAGUGGUUUAAAAAAAAAACUGAAGAAAAAGAACAAAAAUACCCCAGAACUUACCCCCCACCCCACCACCCACCACCACCUCUCUCUUGCAGUGUCACAGUUUCAUCCCACCGUGGAUCAAUACUGUACAUUCCUUUUCUUGAUGGCUCUCAGCAGGGACACUGUCCAGAGCUUAAAAUGUAGCAGCAGCCUUUUUUUUUUUCCUAUCUUUUCUUUUCCUCCUUUUUAUCCAUUUGUCUCCCACUUGAUUUCAAAAAAACGGCAGCGCGGGGAGAUCAGACGGGAUUAGCAGCAACACGUGCAGACUGUGGCAGGCUAAAGUUGUUUUUAUCCACCCCAACAGUCACCGACCAAACAUCCAGCAUGAGUAAAAUCGAUAUGCUUUUUUUUGAUGCCAUGAGAAGAUUAGGACACGUUCUCUGUGACACACAAUCAAGAUGUAAAAAAAAAAAAAAAAAAAAGAAGAAAUAAAUAAAAAAAUGAAAUAAAUAAAGAAACAUCCGAUGGGGGGGAAAAAAAAUAAAAUAAAAAUAGAGGGAGCCGUGACAGUAUAGCAGCGCGGCCCCCGCUAUUUGCAAGAUUUCAAGUAAAUAUAUUCUUAAAAAUAAUUUUUUUAUUUCAUUUUUUAUAAUUCGUAACGACUAAACUGCAGACUGCUUGGCUAGCGUUUUACUAUUUCUUAUUUCUUGUCAAGAUCCUUUAAUUCUUUUUUGUUUUUUCUUUCUUUUUCCUGUUAAUUUUGCACUAUUUUUGGAGGUUUUGCAACACUGGAGCGUUAUUAUGCAGAAGAAAAAAAAAAUAUGAUGUGCAUAUAUAAGUCUAAUAAGUCUCAGUCUGAAAAGGCACUUAACGGUUUUACAGUUAUAAUUCAAGGCCCAUCAUGUCACUGCCUUGACGUGCACUAUACUAUGUUCUCACCGCUCACAUUUCUAUUUAAGUUUUUAAGUCUUUGGCAUCCGACCACAGAGAAAGGAUAUAACAGCCAUCCAACCAAGUCAGCCCGCCAUCAUUAUUCGUCUCGUUUCGCCAGCAGAAGCGUCCGGACUCACUCUGAAAAGAUGGUUCUGACGACUCCGGUUAACAUAAAAAAGAAAAAGAAAAAAGAAGCAAGAAGGGCGACGAUUUCAGCUAAAUGCCUUAAACAUGUCCCCUCCUAACUUUAGCUCCCCUCACAUGUUUCAGGCCGAGUCACUCCCUCGAAUCAAGCUGGGACGAUGCUUUUUUUUUUCUUCAUCUGUCAAGUGAAUGUAUUUGCAUUUGCCAAAGACUUAGUUCUUGUUUAUUUACAGGCCGCCUAUAUGCAUCAUGAGAGCAGUAUUAUUAUUAUUAUUAUUAUUAUUAUUAUUAUUAUUAGUAUAAUCCCACGUUGUUCAUGAGGAAAAGUCUAUGUAUAAAUUCUAUGCAGUGCAGAGAUGGUCAUCAUAUGCAUAUUCAGCUGUAAACCUAAAGGUAGGUGGAGUUUAUUUAAUGUUAUGUUAUUUACAGAUUGUUCAUUUUGUAGGAGCAUUAUUAUUAUUAUUUUUUUUUUGUGCGUGUGUGAUGUGAAGACACUUCUCUGUAAAUACAGUAAGAAAAAAUGUCUUUCAUGUUCAUGGGUAUUAUCACUUUCAUUAUGCUGGUAUCACUUGUACAAUAAUAAAAGUGUCUGAAAUCUUUUACGCAAAACAAA